ACCAACACAUAUAUCAUAAAAGAUCUGUGUAUCGAUACAGUAUUGCCACGAAAAAUAUUGCGAUACUAUACUGUAUCGAUUUAUUUUUUUCCCCCACCCCUAAUACCUGUCCCCUGGACACUGCCUAGUGUUGAAUAUUGCAAAGCCCUGUUCACGGGUCUCACUACGCAGGCAGUCAGAUCCCUCCAGCUGAUCCCAAAUAUGGCACACAGACCAGAUGGCGUCCUUUUACUUGGUAGAAACUGUGCUUAUGUUUGGUGUUCUUAAAUGCUCUUUUAAAGGUCCUGCCUCAAACAAGUGGAACAUAGCAGUGGGAGAAAUGUGCAGAUAAGGCUGGAUAAUACACAAAAAGAUGAUAGCCAGAACACCGUCUUCCAUAUUAAUAGAUAUGACAAUGUGUGUUUUAAGUAAAAGGAUUUGGUAUAGACGUUUGUGAAGAUGUGCUGCAAAGAAAACUUGAACUUGUUCUUUUCAGCUAGCGUGGUGAGAUUACAGGGGCGCAAGGUAAACAUGUGCGGGUGUCGUGAAGAUGACUUACAGAAAUUGUGUCCAGACUACCGCACCUUUGCUAAACCUUCAAGCCAGGGGAACAGUUGUCUGCUUGAAUAGCAGCCGUGUCAAAAUAACAUUUUGGUUUUAGUCGCUCCAGCCACAGGACCCGUGAAUGUGUUUGGCGUGGAGGUAAUGGAUUAUCUGAACACAUUAGCACUGUACCUAAUUUAUUGAAAUGUAUUUCAAAGGUUUUUGUUGUUGUUGUUUCGAAAUGGUAACCUUUUUGCUCCGACUACAGCUCGGCGUCCUGCAGGAUGGCGCUAUAGGCUAAGACGGACUCGUCAAACAGGAGCAGAUGUGUUGAGAUCUGAAAGGGAUUUUAAAGUAACUUAAUUGUUAAAUUCUGAUUUUAUGAACGGUCAGAACGUUUGCCCACAAAUGUAAGCACAUUGUUUUGCUGUAGGCCACCAUGUUUUCCUUAAUCUUUUCACUUCUGUUUUCCUCUCUUAAUUACUCACAUUGAUGAAAUCCAGAUACUUCUGCGGGGGAUAUGUGCAUAUGAAAACCACUGCCAGCUGUGUCUGAAAAUGGCAGAAUUCUACCAGUGUUGUCAUCAGAUUGCAAACUACCAAACAAGGCAAUAAAACAAGGAUAUUUUGAGAUUGUUUUGGGCUUAAAGUCAGACACAGAGAAAGUCACUGAAAGAUGUCUGUGACAUUAAAAUGAAUUAGUUUUAAAUGCUAAAAUAGCAGCAGGGAAAUCUUUUUUUAUUUUUUAUUUUUUUUAUUUAAUUCACUCAGAACCUGCGGAGUUGACCUAAGCAUCUUAACAAUCACCGUUUUCAUUACUGCAGGCCAGAUAUUAGUUUUCACACGUAACUUUAGAUUGGUUAACAUUGACGCAGUUUAGAUUCUGUGAAUACAUUAUCAACUGAAAAGAAGAAAUUGGGAUGGAUACAGGAUGUAAUGGCAAAAUAGGAUUCCUUUUUCAGAUCUUACAACUGGGAUAUGGCGUAGUGUGACUGUGUACAGGAUCCUAGAUCUGUAAAGUGGAUUUAUUGCUGAAGCAAUAAUUCAAUAGUAGCCUGAAAAUUAAAAAUUUAAACCUGCUAAAGAGCAUUAAUUAGGUGAGGAAAAAGAGAGGGUAUUUCACAUAAUGUAAUUGUAAAACUUGAUCAUUGAGGCCAAAUUCAUGUAGCUCCCUAGCCUGACACGCCAGACCCACAUCAAGAUGUUGGCUGGCUGCAAAUUACAUUUGCUGCUGCUAGGGUGCGUCUAGAUUUCUAGGCUAGUAGCUCCCCCAAAAAGGACUCAAAUUAGACUGGUCAGGUUUGUCUCAUAGCUCUGCUUUCCACUGGGUUAUAACCUACCAAUAGAUUCAAACGUAGAUUUCAGUCAAACCAUCCUAACUUGUAAAACUUUCCAAAGUGUUAAAAUGACUCCCUCAAGAACAGAAUAGUGAAACUUCCCCAAUUUCCCAGCUAACAGCAGAUGUUUAACACCACCAGUUACUUUAUUUAAUAAGUAGUAAGUUCACUAGUCAAACACACAACCGAUACCUUUUUUAUUUUAGUUUUUGUUAUUUUGGUUGGUGAUGAGAUGUGAGCUUUAGUUUGUGUUGCCUUUUUCAUUUCAAAUAUCUGAAUUUUUCACCUUGAAAUGUCACAUGAGUUGAUUUUUCUUUUUCCUUCGUGUGCUUUCGUAUGACACGCGGAAGGUGAUUGUGUGCGUGUUUGCACAUUUUCUAUGCUGAGGUUAAAAUCUGUUUAACACAAGUUCUUUGCACACAGGCACACACCCAAAUACUGUGUGUCCAUUCAGAGAAGUGAAUCUGCCCUCAUUUGUACACCUGACCAAGUUUGUGAACUGAAAGGCAAAUGGAUGUUUUGAUGAAAGCAGUGCUAUCAAAUGAUUAAAGGACUGUUUUCUUAUAUGUUUUUCACUGGUGAAUUUUUACAACUGCAGGAACAAUGAUUAAGUAUUUUGGCUAAUUAUUUUUUUAUGGUGGGGGCACAUUAAGUACCUGUUUGGGCAUAAAGAGGCCUUUAAUAGAUACAAGUCUUCAUUUCUGCAUGUGAAAUGUUGAAAAUCCAGAGGAACUACAUUACUGAUACCUGUUUGUUCAUGGUUGGGUGUUAAUAAUUCCUCUAAUAAACUGCUGGCGCUGCCCAUUGUCACAGUCACAGCUGGCCAAAGUUCUCACUUGGACUGACCACUACUAAUCUACUGCCGAGGCAUCGCUCUUCUACAGAUGCAGGUUUUUAUUUUUAGUACAUUUAGUUUUUUUUUUGCAGAUGAAGGUGGUAUUUUUUAGGCUUUAUUAGAGGCAAAGCUCCGGAUAAAUCAAAGGCAGGUUGUAGUAUAGAAAGCUAAUCAAAUCAAGCUACAGGAUAAGUGAAGCGAUGGCGGAUCCCUCGUCAGACAAAGUGAUCAUCAACAACCCGGCAGACAUCGCCGUCAUUGUUGGAUAUUUCAUCAUGGUUAUUAGUGUCGGCAUUUGGGCCAUGUUUCAGACCAAACGUGGGACAGUUGCAGGAUAUUUCCUGGCAGGACGCACCAUGAGCUGGUGGCCGGUUGGUGCAUCUCUGUUUGCCAGCAACAUUGGUAGUGGUCACUUUGUGGGCCUGGCAGGCACUGGGGCAGCGAGUGGCAUCGCUGUGGGAGGGUUCGAGUGGAAUGCUCUGUUCAUCGUGCUGCUGCUGGGCUGGUUGUUUGUACCUGUCUACCUCACAGCUGGGGUGAUCACGAUGCCGCAGUACCUGAAGAAGAGGUUCGGAGGGACCAGGAUCAGCCUCUACCUCUCCGUUAUCUCUCUGUUCCUCUACAUUUUCACCAAGAUCUCAGUGGAUAUGUUUUCGGGGGCUGUGUUUAUCCAGCAGGCAUUAGGGUGGAACAUCUACUUGGCCGUCAUCACCCUUCUGUUAAUAACAGCCUUGUACACUGUUACAGGUGGCCUGGCUGCUCUGAUGUACACUGACACAGUUCAGACCUUUGUCAUCAUUGCCGGGGCCUUCGUCCUCACCGGCUUCUCUUUUGCUGAAGUAGGAGGCUACAAUGCUCUGCUGGCCAAAUACAACUCUGCUAUGCCAAGCAAUUUCUCUUCAAUGGAUCCCCAGCGCUACAACAUCUCCCCCCACUGCUACACCCCCAGACAGGAUGCCUUCAGCAUGCUGAGGGACCCAACCACAGGGGACCUGCCCUGGCCUGGAGUGCUGUUUGGGAUUGCUAUAGUGGGAGGCUGGUACUGGUGUUCAGACCAGGUGAUAGUCCAGCGGUGCCUUGCAGCUCGUAGUCUGACCCAUGUGAAGGCAGGCUGCAUCAUGUGUGGCUACCUCAAACUGCUGCCAAUGUUCCUCAUGGUGUUCCCCGGCAUGAUCAGCAGGGUACUCUACCCAGAUGAGGUUGGCUGUGUUGUCCCUGAGGUGUGUGAGAGGGUGUGUGGGACUGAAGUGGGCUGCUCCAACAUCGCUUAUCCUAAACUGGUGGUGUCAAUUAUGCCAAAUGGUUUGAGAGGUCUGAUGCUGGCUGUGAUGUUGGCCGCUCUCAUGUCCUCUUUGGCCUCCAUCUUUAACAGCAGCAGCACCCUGUUCACCAUGGACAUCUGGACUCGUAUCAGACCAUGGGCCACCCAGCGCGAGCUGCUUAUUGUGGGCAGAGUCUGGGUUCUGUGCAUCGUAGCCGUCAGCAUCUGUUGGAUCCCAGUUGUGCAGGCGGCUCAGAGCGGUCAGCUGUUUGAUUACAUCCAGUCAGUCUCAAGCUAUCUGGCGCCGCCUAUCGCCUCAGUCUUCCUCCUGGCUGUGUUUGUGAAGAGGGUCAAUGAAAAGGGUGCCUUCUGGGGCCUGAUAGGCGGCCUGCUGAUGGGUCUGUGCCGGAUGUUGCCUGAGUUCUGGUUCGGUUCCGGCAGCUGUGUUUUCCCGUCUUACUGCCCUUUCUUGGUGUGUGGGAUCCAUUACCUCCACUUUGCAAUCAUACUCUUCUUCUGUACGUCAGUUCUGGUGCUGGUGGUCAGCUACUGCACCCAGCCCAUAGAGGAUCUACAUCUCCAUCGUCUGGUGUUCAGCCUGCGUCAUUCAAAAGAGGAGAGGAAGGAUUUGGACUGGGAGCAGGAAGAGAAUGGAAGAAGAGCUCGGAGAGAGGCUCAGGAGAGGAUGAGGGAGAAUAGUGAUGCAGUGGCUGAAGAGGGGAACAAGUCUUGUAUCUGUCGCCUGGUUGGUCGGUUCUGUGGCGGGGGCAGCGUCAGCGGCUCGCAGGCCCACGAGCAAGACACUCCUGAGGCAUCACAGAAGCUGCCUGACAUCAGCGAGGACCCGGUGUGGAAGUACAUUGUAGAUGUUAAUGCUCUCAUUAUGAUGGCUGUAGCAGUUUUUUUGUGGGGUUACUACGCUUAGCAGUCAUAUUAAUUCUAGUUGAAAGUGCAUGUGAGUUGGAAUCUUGAUGUGAUUAAGUUUAAUCACUUUGUUGGUAUGAGAGUAAAUAAAACAAUGUCGCCACCUGUUGGCAAAUACUUGUCACUGCAAAUCAUAGAGAUGUCACAAUUACAAAAAAAAAGGUAAAAAUUAGGCCAUCAUGCAAGUAUACUACCAACAGUCUCAGUUCUCUGUAGAGCACAAUGGGUUGUGAUCAUUCACUGCAUUUCUCCAACAGUGUGUGUAAUGCAGUCUAAAAAUGUUUUAUGAGGUUAGAAUGCCAUUACUGUAUACUCUUACAUGUUGAUUCAAUCACUGAAAUAAGAGGUGCGAGAAGAAAAAAGUAUUAUCUGGAAGCCAGGUAAAAUGUAUACUCAAAGUAUCAAGUAGCCCAAAGAUUUGUUUUCAAAAAAAAUUUGACUCCUUUUAAGACUCAAGAAAUCAAUGAAAAGUAUGAAAUUAAGUCACUUCAAAAAAGUCACCAAGAGAGCAAUUAAUACUCAGUAGUUCAUAUUGUAGGCUAAUGUGCAUGUCUAGUUAUAAAUGUGGUCUCUAAUCUGUAUUUAAAUGUGCUUGGUCAUUUAAAUCAGUCAUACAAUAAAUCAUAAGAUUGUCAGUCAAGAAAAAAUAUUUGGUGGUUAUAAGUAUUGCUUGCUUUUCUGCCCCAUAUAAUACUCUUGAAAGCAGUUGUUUGGCAGUUUGUUACACUAAGUUCAGCUCUGAUAAGAUGUGAUAGGCAUCGUCACGGUCAUUGUAAGGACAAAUGAUUUAAUCAAU